GCCAAUCAGCUGGAACGUGUGUAAACCGCUUCCGUUUCCGACGAGACGGAAGUGUGUCUUCCUGUUUGGCAGAAGGAGGAAGCAGAAUGUGUGAAAUCUCACAUUGUGCUUGUUGUUAUGGGCGACGUGCAGUAAUAUUUGUGUAGUGGUGUGUCCAUGCCUGUCAGAGCCAGCAUCUUCCUCUUCUGUUUAGUUCGGAUAACUAUGGCCCAGCUCUUGGCACAAGAAGAAAAAGAAAAAACUACUGCACUAAAAGAUUUAUUGUCCAGGAUCGAUUUAGACGAGCUGAUGAAAAAAGACGAGCCUCCGCUGAACUUUCCUGAAACUCUGGAUGGGUUUGAAUACGCCUUCAACGAACAUGGUCAGUUGAGACACAAACACACAGGAGAGCCGUUUGUCUUCAACUAUAAAGAGGACCUGCAUAGAUGGAACCAGAAAAGAUAUGAAGCAUUGGGAGAGAUCAUUACAAAGUAUGUUUAUGAACUCCUGGAAAACAACUGCAACCUGAAGAAGGAGAUCCUCCCAGUCGAUUCGACUGUGGAUGAACCGAAAAGCUUUAUUUACAUGAGCGAGGAUGCCCUCACUAACCCAGAGAAGAUCAUGGUUCUUAUCCAGGGCAGUGGAGUGGUAAGGGCAGGCCAGUGGGCUCGACGCCUCAUCAUUAACGAAGACCUCAACAGUGGGACGCAGAUACCCUUCAUUAACCGGGCCAAAGAGGAGGGCUACGGGGUGAUUGUGCUGAACCCCAACGAAAACUCUCUGGAGGUGGAGAAGGUUCCGGAUUCAGCCAAGAAUCCGUCCCCGGAUGCCUCUGAUGAGCCGGCUGAAAAGAGAGAGAGGAAGGAAGAGCGGGAGAGCAAGAAAAAGAAGGACUUUUAUGAGAAGUAUCGCAACCCGCAGAAGGAAAGAGAGAUGGAGCACAUCCCGAUACGAGAAAACAGCACUCCAGAAGAACACACACUCUAUGUGUGGGACCACUUCAUCUCGAAAUCACUUGCGAAAAACAUCUUCAUCGUGGCACACAGCUAUGGCGGCUUGUCAUUUGUGAAUUUGAUGAUUCAGCGAGAAGCGGAAGUGAAGAAUCGUAUCCGUGCGGUGGCCAUGACUGACUCUGUCCAUAACGUCUGGCACCAGGAGGCCAACAAGUCCAUUCGGGACUGGCUCAGAGAGCACUGCUGUAACUGGGUGUCGAGUCCUGAGCCCCUGGAUACUCUGGUGGACCCCAUGCUUAAUGACUGCCCUCGUGUUUCAGCAGGUACUGAGAAGCAUGAGUUAACUUCAUGGAAGAGCUUCCACUCCAUUUUCAAGUUCUUCAGCGAUGCCCUUAAGGACCACGAGGACGAGUCCUCCUCCAGUCCGGUCACCACACGCAGCUCCCACCGUAUAAAAAACGAAGACUUAUAAAGGGCUCGCAGAUCCCAAACUAGAGCCCGCGUUCGUCCCCUCUUAGUUCUUUUCCUCCUCUGUUCUUUAUACGAAAAAUAUUUUGCCUUGAAGCCCCUCCUCCCAGUGAAAUGCAUGAUUCUGAGGAGUGCAGGGUCAGCCUGUAUACAUCAGAAUAGCGUUUUGCAUUACUUCUGGAUGAGUGCAACUGUCAAAGCAAUAUGGCUUCACUGCUUGUGCCUCCUGUGGGCCGCUGUGUGGAUUUGGUGGUGGCCCAUCGGUGGCCAGAUUAAGGCUGACAGGCGGCGCCACACACCGCCUCUUGAUGCACCUCUAAUUAUCAUGACAUUGUCCUGAACUGAGCUAAUGCCUGGAAAGCACCUGCAUACACACACACACACAAGUCUGGCAGGUCCUAGUGCCCCUGUAGUUUCUUUUAACUGGGGUCUCACUUGCAUUUAAAGUACUUGAGCACUUGGGAACUUUUUAUGUCAGAUGCUAAAGGCUUAUGGGUUGUUUUCUUUCAUAUGUAUACCACUUUAACCUGAAAAAAAAGCAUCUUGCAGACAUCUAUUCAAUAUCUCAAGACUAGAUUUAGAAUGAACAUAAUGAAGUAAGCCAUUGACAGCAUAAAAUAUUGAAAGAGUCUUCCCCUGUUUUUAAAUCCCUAAAAACCUUGUGCGAAUAUGAGUUUUAGGAAUGUCUCCCUUUGACAGAGCAGAUAUGUCAGUCUUGGUAUACCUUUUUACGUUUCAGGAUCAGGGCAAUUUAAUGUUAUCCAAAGUAUGAAAGCCAUUUCUUCAGAUGUUUCCCAAUGUAACCUGCCCUUUUUGCAAAGUCCAUGACUAUUCGGACUGUUUUAACACCUCAUUGCUGUCCUCCGCUAAAGCAAAAGCAUGUGUUAUGUUACUGUCUUAGCAAAGACAAGAGACAUUGUCUCCUGGACAGUGUGGUAUUAGCAGAGGCUUAAGGAUAUGUCACUCAGGCAUGUCAGCAGAUCACUCUGCUUUAGCUUGAAAAUUCAUCUCUCAGUAAAAGGCUGCUUUUGGUCUCAUCACUCACCGGUACUCAAGGUACUCAAUGUAAAUAGUUCUAGUGAUUUAUACAUAUUUCAUAUAUUAUUUUUUAUCCAAAAUAUAGAUGUGACUGCAGCUUCAGAAAUGCAGGACCCCAGAGGCUUUCGUGUUUUGAAACUGUUUUUUUACUAUGAAUUAAACUUUUAAUAUAUCUGCCACUAUUCAUUAGAUGCCACUGAUCAAUUGCAAGUUGCUUAUACUGUCUUAGUUAAAACUCUUCCGCUCAGAUCCCAAUAUUGUUGCCUUAGCAAUAAAUACAAAAAGUUCAUCUUUAAUUUUAUUUUACUUUCCAAAACUGACAAGCCAUAUGUGAAUUUCACUUGCAUUAAGUACAGCCUUAAACCAUAUCGAAAACUUAAUUAGUUUGUAAAUUACGACUCAUUUUAAUAAUUCAUAUUUUAAUCAAAGAGAUUCUAUGUUUUAUUGAAAAAUCCUAGUCUGAAGUGAUAGAAGUGUAAGUUGUUUUCUGAGUUUUCUCUCUUUUUUAUUCACUUUCAAUGAGGAUUCAUUAAAUGAUAACAAAAUCAGAUAUUUUAACUUUAAAUUUACUUUUCAUAAAUCGUUCAAAUAUAUUAGUCUUUCGUCUUUGAAUUAAUGGCAGUUUUGUGCCCUAAUUAAUCAUUCAAUUAGUUUUCAUAUCAUGUGAGUGUAAUAAUGAUCUCCAAGCUGUAAUUAAAUAAAGUUCUUUAUAUAAACAAUGUGAAAUGAAUUUUGAUUUUUAUUUAUUUAUUGUGCAGCAAGAAUGCUUUAUUUUUUUCUAUUUAUUUUCAGUGCAUAAAACAAACACACCUUUGCUAAUAUUUUGAUGGACAUAUUUCACCUUGCACUUGAAAACACAGAUGCACAGGGUACUCUUAUUUACAACGUAAUGAUCGUAAAGGCAUCACUUUCAACCCAAGAAGUUGGGUUAAAGUUCAGCCUGAUGGGGGAAAGAUCCUCGGAGCCGGAUAAAGCCUGUUGCUCCAGCAGCUCUGUUCCCAGGGAAGGUGAGCCUGCUUGGAGAAUGACUCGCUCUUCUCACGUAACAGCUGUGGAACUCUAUCACGAAAGCUGAUAUUUGUGUCUAGAUCGAGCCCAGACCUUUACAAUGAGACCAAUGUUAACCAAAAUAAGUGUCAGUCAAAGACAGUAAAGUAUCAGAUGAAGCCAUGUCUAUAGCACCUUCCCAACUACUUGUUUUAGACCUUAAAGCAAUAGUUCACCUAAAAAAUAAAAAAUGUAUGUUUAACUGCUUACCCCCAGGGCAUCCAAUAAGAACACAAACAGAUUUUUAACUCAAACCGUUGCAGUCUGUCAGUCUUAUAAUGUAAGUUGAUAGGAAUCACAGCUUUGAGAUUCAAAAAACACACAAACUAAACAAAAUGAAACCCUGCAGCUCUUGAUGGUACAUUGAUGUGUAAAGUCACAUAACGAUCGGUCCGUGCAAGACACAACAUUUCGUUUUUGGUUUUCAGACAUUGCAAUGAAAAUCUGAGGUAAAUAAAAUUAUAUAAAUACUGUUCAGUUUCUUGCACAAACCGAUUGUUUUGUGUCUUUAUACAUCAGUGUAUCGCCAUGAGCCGCACCUUGUCAAGUGACAUACAUUAUGGAUGCCCUGGGGAUAAGCAGAUAAACAUCAAAUUUUCAUUUUUGUGUGAACUAUCCUUUUAACUUAAUAAAUCAUGGCCAAAGGGGAAACUUUUCAUGCGUUUUGCCUGUUCAUUUACACGACAACAGCAUUUCGGGAACUGUAAAAGCAUAUUUUUGCUUUCAGAGUCCAAUUUUUGAAAAUGCCACCAUUAUUGAUUCCAUGUAAACACCCAAUAUGGGAAUCUUUGAAUCUUUGAUGGAAGUGCAUAGUAUGUGUUGGGUAUGGAGACAUGUGCAGUAUGUCGAUUUUAAAGGCAAGCAUGAACCAACAAUUUUGCAGAAAUUUGUAAAUGCAAAUAUUUUUGAAAAUGUUGUAUACGUGAAACUUAAAAACACAAGGGAAAAACUUUUCAGUUUUGACUACAUCAUUGUUGUGUAAACAUAGCCUAAGGGGCCAUUUACACAACAGCAUUUUCAGCCAAAAAAAAAUAGAAAUGUAAUAGAAAUAGAAAUUUUUAUGUUUUGCCUGUUUGUUUACUGUUCCAUAUUUUUGAAUAAUGGGUUUCAGAGUGCACGUUUUUUGAAAAUGGCACUGUAUACGUGUAACACCCAAUAAAGGAAUCUUUGAAAAUGGUGAUGUCA